UCCCUUCAUCAUGGCGUCUGAGAACACCUUCCUCUUCACCUCCGAGUCUGUCGGCGAGGGCCAUCCGGACAAGAUCUGCGAUCAGGUUUCGGACGCUGUGCUCGACGCGUGCCUGGCUGACGACCCGACGUCGAUGGUGGCGUGCGAGACGCUCUCCAAGACCGGCCUCAUCAUGGUUGCCGGUGAGAUUACGACCAAGUCGAAGGUCGACUACCAGAAGGUGAUCCGCGACACUGUCCGCCGCAUCGGUUACGACCACUCGGACAAGGGCUUUGACGCCACGACGUGCAACGUUCUUGUUGCCAUCGAGGAGCAGUCGCCCGACAUUGCGCAGGGUGUGCACGUCAACCGUGCGCCCGAGGACAUCGGCGCCGGUGACCAGGGCAUCAUGUUCGGGUACGCCACGGACGAGACGCCCGAGCUCAUGCCGCUGACGCUUGUGCUCUCGCACAAGAUUGUGGCCAAGAUGUCCGAGCUCCGCAACAACGGCACGCUCGCGUGGCUCCGCCCCGACUGCAAGUCGCAGGUUACUGUCGAGUACAAGGACGUCGACGGCGCGAUGGUGCCGCAGCGCGUGCACACUGUCGUCAUCUCGACGCAGCACUCUGAGGACGUGUCCAACGAUGAGAUCCGCGAGCGCCUCACCGAGGACGUGAUCAAGGCUGUUGUCCCGGCCGAGUUCCUCGACGACAACACCAUCUACCACCUGCAGCCGUCUGGCCGCUUUGUCAUCGGUGGCCCGAUGGGUGACGCCGGCCUCACCGGCCGCAAGAUCAUCGUCGACACGUACGGUGGCUGGGGUGCCCACGGCGGUGGCGCCUUCUCGGGCAAGGACCCGUCCAAGGUCGACCGCUCGGCUGCGUACGCUGCUCGCUGGGUUGCCAAGUCGCUUGUGGCUGCCGGCCUUGUCAAGCGCUGCCUCAUCCAGGUUUCGUACGCCAUCGGUGUGGUCCAGCCGCUCUCGCUGCACAUCGAGACCUACGGCACGGCCACCAAGUCGAACGAGGAGCUCAUCGAGAUCAUCAACAACAACUUCGACCUCCGCCCGGGCUGCAUCAUCCGCGACCUCGAGCUCACUCGCCCGCGCUUCUCCAAGACUGCCGCCUUUGGCCACUUUGGCCGGACCGACGACCCCGACUUUACUUGGGAGAUCCCGCGCGAGCUCAAGUUCUAACUGUCUUACCGUGUGUAUGAUGAUUAAUACGUUCGCAGCGCCGCA